AUGAGGAAAGCGCACGUCAGCAUCAUUGGCGCUGGCCAGUUCGCCAGCGUCAUGGGCAACGUGGUCGCGCAAAACGUCGCGGACUCGGAGGAUUUCGAUUCUCGCAUUGUUAUGUACGUGUACGAGCCGCCGCUGCAAUCUGGCCGAUCGAUUGCACAAGAAAUCAAUGAAAACCACUUGAACGUCUCGCUGCAGCCCCCGAUGCAGAUGCGGGAAAACUUGGUGGCGAGCACCGACUUGGCUCAGUGCGCAGCGAGUGCGGACUUUUUGAUUUUCGCGUCGCCGCACCAGUACUUGGAGGCGCUGCUGGAGGAUAUGAAGGUGCACGUGAAGCGCUCGGCGCUCGCGAUUUCGCUCUCGAAGGGCUUCUACUUCGAAGACGGCGAACUGCUCCUCGCGACUGCCCAGAUCGAGACGGCGCUCGGCAUUCCGUGCCUCGCUCUCGGCGGCCCGAACGUCGCCGACCAGAUCGCGAGCUGCGAGCUUGCGGAGACCACGAUCGGUUACCGCCAGCGCGAGCACGCGCUGCCUUUCUGCAAGCUUUUCGGCAACGCGACGUUUAAGGUGCGCGCGAUCGAAGGCGUGGAGGGCGUGCAGACGAUGGGCGCGCUGAAGAACAUCGUUGCGCUGGGCGUCGGCUUUGCGCAGGCGCUCGGCGUUGGCAGCAACACCACCGCGCUAAUCAUGCGGCGCGGUAUUAGCGAGAUGUUCGCCUUCACGAAGCUCUUCUUCCCGGACGUGAGCUUCGAGUUUUUGCUCGAGAGCUGCGGCAUCGGCGACCUGAUUACCUCCUGCACCUCCGGCCGCAACUUGCGCUGCGCGAAAGCCUUCGCGCUCGGGCACGCAGAACAGGUGACGUGGGCCUCACUCGAGCGCACGAUGUUGAACGGCAUGAGUUUGCAGGGCCCGUUGUGUUUGCAGCAAGUGCACAAGGCGCUCUCGAAGCGCGAGCAGAAACGCGACUUCACGCUGUUCGAGGUGCUCUACCAGAUAGCGUUCGAGGGCGCGCAGCCCGCGCUGCUGCUCGAAGUGCUUUCGCACAACAUGCCGCACUACGUAGUUAUAUAG